ACGCCUCUUUUGGUGAUUUACUGAAUAAACCUGAAGAUGAAUCUGUCAACACUGUCUCUUUUCUGUCUUAGUUCCUUUCUGUUCCUGAUCUCCGACCUUCGGACCAACAUCAUGCAGUUGUAGCAGUAAAAACUAGUUGUUCCCACCGCGUCAGAACCCGUCUGGCCGACUCCCAGCUGCCCUCCUCCGGGUCUCUUCCUGGCUACUUCCCCCGACUUUUUAAUUGCGGAGGUUUCACCGGGAAAAUCCAGCAGAGAUGUCCAACAGUGGUGGCUCUGUUGUCGGCCUCCUGUCCUACGAGACGCUGGUCCAUGCGGUGGCAGGUGCAAUGGGGAGUGUGACAGCCAUGACAGUGUUCUUCCCUUUGGAUACAGCUAAAAGCAGAUUGCAGGUGGAUGACAAACGAAAGUCUCAGUCCACUCCUGUCAUUUUGGCUGAAAUUGCAAAAGAAGAGGGCUUUUUGGCUCUGUACAGAAGCUGGUUUCCAGUCAUCUCCAGCCUUUGCUGCUCCAACUUUGUCUACUUCUACACUUUCAAUGCACUGAAGAAGGCAGCUGCAUCUGGACCAGGCAAGCCCAGACCUGGGAAGGACCUGCUGAUGGGGAUGGUAGCAGGUGUGGUGAAUGUGAUCCUGACCACUCCCAUGUGGGUAGUCAACACCCGACUGAAGCUGCAGGGGGUGAGGUUUAGAAAUGAAGACCUCCACCAAACCCAGUACAGAGGCAUAUUUAAUGCUUUCUCGCAGAUCAUUGCCGACGAGGGAGUGGGAACUCUGUGGAACGGCAUCCUGCCCUCUCUCAUCCUCGUGGUCAACCCGGCUGUGCAGUUCAUGAUUUAUGAAGCCAUGAAGAGGAAGGCAGGCAAGGGAGGCAGGAAGAUAUCCUCAGCAAAGAUCUUUCUCAUUGGAGCAAUUGCCAAGGCCAUCGCUACCACAGCCACAUAUCCCCUCCAAACCAUCCAGGCCAUCCUGAGGUUCGGUCAGUAUAAAGGCGACGGCAAAGGAGGCCUGAUGGGGAGCAUCUCCAACAUUUUUUUCCUCUUCAUGGACCGGAUCAAGAAGUAUGGCUUUCUUGGUUUGUACAAAGGCUUGGAGGCCAAGCUGCUGCAGACUGUGCUGACAGCCGCCCUCAUGUUUGUAGUUUAUGAGAAGAUCACCGCCGCCACCUUCAGAGUCAUGGGCCUGAACAAAAAGCCGACGCACUGAGAGCUUCUGCUUGAAUAGAGCACAGUGCCUGCUACUGAUUUAUAUUAACGCUUCGAAGUAAAUUAUCGUCUUAAGUAAUUAGAGUUAGACUUGAUGCCAGUAAGGCGACUGAUUUCUGGGAAUGCAUACAAUAUGUAUCUAGACCACUGAUGGGUUUAAAACCCACCAGAGCUUCUAACAGAUCCCAUCUAUGCAGACAGAUUACUUUUUUAUUUUACUUCCACAUUUGAGCCUUCUUAAACAGCAGCUGUAUUACUGUUUUCCAAUAGGACAAUGUAGUAUUAACUAAUUAAAGCAAAUGUUUUUUGUACUUGGAUGAAAAUCUAAUACAGUUUGCAAGCCUGCCUCAAGGACCAAACAAAAA